AUGCUUGUGAAUUGGGCUCAUUUUCUAAUCCCAAAAAUUUUCUUCAUCCUUUCUUUCCUUUCAAAUCCCGUUUUUGUGUAUCUUAUCCAUACCGAAAAAUCCUUUCAACUUGGAAACUAUAAAUAUCUUUUGUAUUUUUUCGCUCUUUUCAAUUUGAUCGCAUCAUUAGCCGACACUUUGUUGCCAGUUUGUGUUCAUGCGUAUCGCUAUGCUACAAUAUUCUUCCUAGUUGCCGGACCAUUUUCAGAGAGAUCGCGUCUCGGCGAAUUCCUUCUUGCUGGUCGUUGUGCAUUCAUCUCUGGCACCUAUGGUAUUCUCAACACCCACUUCUUAUACCGAUUCUUAUCCCUCCGAUACACUGAUUUCGUUGCCAAUUACUUCAAUCCAUACGGCCUUAUUUUAUCUGUCCAAUUGGUUCUGUUACAUUGGAUCCUAUGGGCCGUUGUUGCAGAUUACACAAUGUCAGCAGAUUCGGAAUCAAGAAAUUAUGUGAGAGAGUCUUUCGAAAAAGUUUAUGGUAAAAUGGAUCAUUUGAACAUCAAGACUGUGAUUUUUUCGGAAAUGCCUUCUGAAGUCGUGUACCGAUCAUGGGUUGGCACUCUAUUUGUAACUUUCCUAGCAUCGUAUUCCUUGAUUUUGUAUUUUUUCCUAGGGUACAAGAUAAUGUCCCAUUUGAAACAAGGAAUAAGUUACAUGAGUCCUAAAACAAUGCAAAUGCAAAAACGCCUAUUUUGGGCACUUUUUGUACAAACUGUAAUUCCAAUUUGUGUCAGCUUUAUGCCUUGUACAUUGGUUUUAUAUGGAUCAGCUAUUAGGAUUGAUUUCAUGAGCUGGGUCAACUGGGUGUCUUCAAUCGCUGUUUCAUUUUUCCCUUUCCUGGAUCCUCUAGCUAUCACAUUAUGCCUUCCAGCGCUACGCCGUCGACUGUUCGCUAGAUUUGGAGUUGUUAUACCUUCAACGUCUUCUAUAAAUGUUCACAGUGUUCCGAGAGUUUGA